GAUCACAAUAAUCUCGAAUGUAAUAUCAAUGAUGAUGGUGAAAAAUCAGAUUGCGAGGAACUUAUGCCUUCAAAUGUAAAUGAUAAUUGGAUAACAAGAAAAUUAAGAAGGAUUGAGAAAGGUAUUGCAAGAUACGGUAUAAUUUAUUUACCAGAAUGCAACAAAAAAAAUGAAUUGAAAUCCGCGUUUAGUAAUAAUGAGUGGUCAGUACUUGAGAAAUGUUUCUAUAAGAAAGAGAAAGAAAUCGCAAAAAAAGUCUUCCCGUUACUUAAUAAAGUAGAAACCAUUCUAGGUAGAUAUCAAGAAGGAAUAAAAAAUGCAGAAGAUAAUGGACAAAUAGAUUUGGACACAAUUAAUGUUAUUUACGAUUAUCCAAAUGGAUAUAAAUUUAGGAAGAAUUGGCUUGAAAAAUGGGUAGAUAAUAUCUAUCAGAAAUUCUUGACAUGCUUUCAUCUACCUAGAAAUGUUCUUAAUGAUAGAUUUGUGACAUUAUGUAUUUUCAUUAGCGGUGAAGUAGAAAACAAGCAUCGAAAAACCCAACUAGAUCUGUCAAAGAACCCUGAUGAACGCAAAUCAAGAGGUUGGUGCCAUGACGGGAUACUAAAUCUAGAUAUUAAUGGAGUAGAAACAUAUGUAGGAAUUUUAGAAGUUGUUGGAAACGCUGUCAUUAAAGAUAAUCAUAAGCUUUUAGGAGAUUGGCAGAAGUUGUUAAAAGCAAUGCGUUUGGCCUUCCAUGAACUUCAUAAAGUCUUAUAUAAUGAUGGAGUCAUUGAUGAAAAUAUCUUUGAAAUUUUAGAGUAA